CAAACAAACAAAAACAAACCAAAAGCGGCGAGCGAGGCGUUACCUCCUUUUCUGCCCGUAUUUUCCGUUUCCCCAUGGCGGAGGGGCUCUGGGCAUCGCCUCCACCCGGCAAUGGCUCCGACUGCCCCGACGGCGCCCGCUGGGUGCUGCGGCUGCUGGGCGAGUGCGCACGGGACGGGCGCGAUGUGGGCAGCGCGCUGCUGGGGCUGAUCUCCAUCGGCUGCUUCGCUGCUGCCGCGCUGCCGCAGUUCUACCAAGCCUGCAAGACAGGCAUCAUGGACCGGGCGCUCUCCAUCUACUUCCUGCUGGGCUGGCUCGGUGGAGACCUCCUGAACCUCAUCGGCUCCUUCCUGGCAAACCAGCUGCCCCUGCAGGUGUACACCGCUGUGUACUACGUGCUGGCAGACCUGGUGAUGCUUUCCCUGUACGGUUAUUAUAAAGCCAAGAACUGGGGUGCAGGAGCCACAGCUUCCAUCAACGCCGCCUGCCUCUUCUCCCUGCUGGGAACAGCCACGACCCUCACGGUGCUGAGCCGCGACGCAGGCCCAGCCCUCGAUCCUGCGGCCUUCAGAGGGAGAUCUCUGCUCUCCUUGGGCCCGGAGGGGCCUGGCCCUGAGCCCAUCAGCAAGACUGAGAUCAUCGGCUUCACCAUCGGCUCCGUCUCCUCCGUGCUGUACCUCUGCUCCCGGCUCCCCCAGAUCUACACCAACUACCGGAGGAAAUCCACGGCCGGUGUCUCCUUCCUGCUCUUUGCCCUGGUGAUGCUGGGGAACUUGCUGUACGGCACCAGUGUGCUGCUGAAGAACCCGGAGCCAGGGCAGAGCGAAGGUGACUACAUCCUGCAUCACCUGCCCUGGCUCAUCGGCAGCCUGGGUGUCCUCUCCCUGGAUGUCAUCAUCUCGUUCCAGUUCCUCGCCUAUCGCACAGGACGGCCCAGCGCUGGUGAGGAGCGAGAAGCACUGCUUGCUGAGCACGGUGACAGCUGACAGGGUGACCGCAGCGCUCCUGGUCCUGUCCUCUUCUCUGUGUGGUGCUGGGGAGAGGGGGAUGCAGGGCAGAGAUGGAUUGGUGCUGCUGAGACGUUCUGCCUGGCCUGGUGGCACGCACUGCUGCUGUGAGACCUCGAGCACCACCACCAGCGGUGGAUCAACGAGAAAGCAAUCAGAUACCUCAGGAGGUCGCCUUUCCCUGUGCUGAGCCCUGCAGAGGGCGUGGGGUGGCCGACCAUCACUGUGUGGUUCUUGUGUUGCUGCCUUUGGACUUUUGGAAGACGGGGCAGCGACUGGAACCCCUUGGAACAAGGAAAGGAAGGUGCAGGGCAGCCAAAGCGUUUCACGUUAUUGGUAUGGCUCAGGCUUCCAUAAAACAUUGCCCCACGUG